GUGAGGUCCGGGUGUUGCUGGUGGAGUGGUGGUGGCGCGGAAGCUCGCGGGAUCCAGGGUCUGGUGUUGCGGCGCCCGUGUUCACCAGGCUCAGGCUAUUUCUGAUGCUUGGAAGCUACCCUUUCAGCCACAAAGAUGGUCAUAAAUCUUUGCCUCCCACAGUUCAGACCAAGAAUUUACUGCAACAAGAUAUCAGCUGAUGGUUAUGAAGUAGAAAAUCUCAUCUCUGAAGACCUGACAAAGAGAAGUCAUGGUUUUAGGACAGAGUAUUUCAUUAAGCCACCAGUCUACGUGAUAGUUUCCUUUCCCUUCAGUGUGGAAAUCUGUAGGAUUAACAUAGACCUCACAGCUGGGGGAGGCCAGAAUGUCACCGGCCUGGAAAUGUACACAUCUGCCUUAUCCAGCAGAGCAUCUUGGAAUGCCCCCGAGUGUCGGACCCCGGGCCCCGCCGAGCCGUCCAUCCCAGACAAGGAGGCGUUCACCUUAGUAGGCAAAGUCUUAUUGAAAAACCAGAGCCAAGUGGUGUUUAGUCACAGGGGCUUCAAGGCCAGGCCACCUUUUGGCCCAAUGGACGCCACACUCCCCUCUCCUGCUGUUGUGGCACAGGAGCUCUGGAAUAAAGGGGCUCUUUCCCUUAGCCACGUGGUCCAUCUCAAGAUCUGUAUCACCCACGUGACAGGCAGCGGUAUCCCUUGCAUCAAACGAUUGGAAGUGUGGGGUCAGCCAGCUAAAACCUGCUCUCAGGAGGUGAUAGACAGUGUCCUGCUGGUUGCCUCAGAGAGCCUCCCUCAGGACUUGACUCUGCAGGCCCCAGCCUUGCCCAUGGAGAGUGACUGUGAUCCCGGAAGCCUGUCUGAGGGCCAGCAGGCCCCCUCCAGCCUGCAGGAGCUAGCCGAGGUGAUUCAGGAUGUGCCUGAGGAGUUCCUGGAUCCCAUCACCCUGGAGAUCAUGCCUUGCCCCAUGCUGCUGCCUUCAGGCAAGGUCAUCGACCAGAGCACGCUGGAAAAGUGUAACCGCAGCGAAGCCGCCUGGGGCCGAGUGCCCAGUGACCCUUUCACGGGGGUAGCCUUUACUCCACACUCCCAGCCCCUGCCUCACCCCUCCCUGAAGGCCCGGAUCGACCAUUUCCUGCUCCAGCACUCCAUUCCGGGCUGCCAUCUGCUUGGGAGAGCACAGACUGCAUUGGCAGUGACACCUUCUUCCAUUGCUCUGCCCUCUCGGAAAAGGAAGAUGGAGCAGACUGAACAUGCCCCGGACAGUAGCCUUGGGGUAAACGCUUCCUGUUUUUCUACCACAAGCCUUCUGGUCUCACCCACUACCUCAGAGCACACCGCUAAGAAAAUGAAAGCUGCCAGUGAACUUGGGCUGACACAUAUGGACUGCUCAACAGGUCCCGUGUCCCACGAGCAGAAGCUGUCACAGAGCUUGGAAGUUGCCUUGACAUCGACUCUUGGCUCCAUGCCCUCCUUCACGGCUCGGCUGACCCGGGGACAGCUCCAACAGCUCGGCACAAGAGAGAGCAGCGCCUCCUGGAGGCCAGGCACCGCCUCGGAGCAGCCUGGGAGCAUCCCGGGGCCCGAGUGUGCCUUCUGCAAAAGAGCGUUUUCUCCCUACUUCAAAAAGGAGCCAGUGUACCAGCUCCCCUGUGGCCACCUCCUAUGCCGGCCCUGCCUGGGUGAGAAGCAGCGCUCCCUGCCCAUGACGUGCACAGCCUGCCAGAGGCCAUUUGCCAGCCAGGACGUGCUGCGUGUCCACUUCUGAGUGACCGGCCCCAACCUGAGAAGACCUGUCGAUGGGAGGAGCUGAGGGAGUGUGUGUGUGGGGUUGGGGGGCACGAUCCCCUGAAGUCAGGCCAAAUCCCAAGCACAGAGGGGCCCUUUCCUCCCUAGGGGCUUUCCCUUUGCCUCCUUCCAGAGUGUAGCACCCGGGCCAGAGCACAGGGGAGGGGCGCCCCACUCCUGCUCAAGUGGCAAUAGGGUAACAAAGCCAUAGUUUGGGCUGGGAGGGAUAGGGGAUGUAUCCCUGCCCUCCUGUGCCUCCCUGCCACCCCCCUGCCAGAGCCCAGGGCCUGUUAGAGCCAGCCCCACCCUGCCAAGGGCCCCCUGAGUUGUCUGCACACACACCCCAGCCCUGCAGGAUGGACCCGAGUGGAGCAUGAGAGACCAUGGCUUGAGAGCUCAAGGACAGCCUCCGCCCGUGGGGUCACCUAGAGUGUUCCGUGGCUGGAGUCUGUGGUGAGUGACUCAGCCCCCGACUGGCAGACGACUCUGAGCCUUAAUAAAGCGAUGGUUGACGUCUGUCCUCUGUGGACUUCCUCCUGACA